GCAUUUGCUUCUUCCGCAUUUUCCUAGGGGUUAGGCUCUGACGUUACGUAUUACGGCGGCGGGAGCGGGGAGCCGAGCCGAGUCAGCCCCUCCUCCUCCUCCCCGCAGCCAUCAAACAACAAAGCCUGAUUGGCAGGGCUAGGCCCGACCCGACCCGCCAGCGCUCGCUCGGCCCAGCCAGGAAGGAGUUGAAAACGUCCCAAAAUCCAGCCAUUGUCGGGCGGAUUCACUUACCAGGUUUAGCAGUGACCAAUGAGAAUUGCAGACCAUGGAUGAAGAUGUGGGAGGGCUCGAACUGCAGCAACAGGAGCCCAAGGUGAUUUUUGAUAACACAGUUCAGGAAGUGACUUCUCAAGAUAUUGAUGGACACCAUAUUCUUGUGGAAGUACAAGAAACUGUCUUUGUAGAUUCCAACAUCAGUGGUUCACACUUUGUGUCGGAUGAUACGGACUCUGUUGUCAUACAGGAUGUUAUUGAAGAUGUCAUUACUGAAGAUAUUCAAUGUCCCGACAUUAUUGAAGAGUCGGAAACCAUUAUUAUUCCUGAACAAGUGCUGGACACAGAUGUUGCCACUGAAGAAACCUUGGUCACAGUCCCAGAGGAUGUUUUGGAUUCUGACAUUACCUCUGAAGCUAUAUCUGUAGCAGAACAUGUACUGACAGGUGAAUCGAUUCAUGUGUCUGAUAUGGAGACAGUUGAACAUGUUGCUGUUACAGAAGCUGAAAUAGUCACAGAUAUUUUGCCACCUGAUGUAAUUCCAGAAGAGGUUCUGGUGACGGACUCGGCUACAGAGACUGUGAUAGAUGCACACAGCUUACAAGUUCAGAGUCAGGAGGCGGUCCCAGUCAUGAUCGAGGCACCUAUAGAGGAUAAAGGCACCUGUGAAGAUUAUUUAAUGAUUUCCUUGGAUGACGAUGGAGGAAAGCUGGAACAUGGAGGGAAUGGUGAACUAAAGAUUGAGUCUGGGUUGUCAGAACAGGGUGAUCAUUUAAAAGCAGAUGGUACCUGCUCUGAAGUCAUUAAAGUUUACAUUUUCAAAGCAGAUGGUGGAGAGGAUGACUUGGGAGGAACAGUGGAUAUUGGUGAAAGUGAAGCUGAUAAUGAUCAUACUGUUGGGUUACUGGAUCAUGGUAGUGGAGGCAGAGUGCCACGUGAGAAGAUGGUAUAUAUGACUGUCAAUGACCCCAACCAGGAGGAUGAAGACAUGAUGAAUGCUUCACAGCAAGAGGAGAACUGCUAUCUCGAAGCAAGCUGUGCAGAUAUUGCAGAUGAAGUUUACAUGGAAGUCAUUGUUGGGGAAGAAGAUGCAACAGUAGUUCAUGAGCAACAAAUUGAGGAUAGUGACAUAAACAAAACCUUUGUACCUGUAGCUUGGGCUACUGCUUACGGUAAUGGCUCUGAUGCUAUCGAAAACCAGAAUGGAACCGCAAGCAACCUUCUGCAAGCAGAUGGAACAGCUGGCCUUACUCGACUGGUAAAACCCAGGGGAAGAAAAAAGAAAAGGCCUGAAAAUAGGCAGUAUCAGACAGCAAUCAUUAUAGGACCGGAUGGACAUCCAAUAACUGUUUAUCCCUGCAUGAUCUGUGGAAAAAAGUUCAAGUCCAGGGGCUUCCUGAAGAGACACAUGAAAAAUCAUCCAGAGCAACUGGCCAAGAAAAAAUACCAAUGUACUGACUGUGAUUACACUACCAACAAGAAAACCAGUUUACACAACCACCUUGAAAGUCACACUCUCAUAGGCAAAGCAGAGAAGACUUAUGAGUGUGAUGUGUGGGAAAAAUUUUCUCACCCAGGAGCACUGGUCUCCCACAAGUUGAUUCACCGGGAAAAGGGAGCCACCAAGAUGCACAAAUGUAAGUUCUGUGAGUAUGAGACUGCAGAGCAGGGGCUGUUGAACCGCCAUCUCUUGGCUGUACACAGCAAGAAUUUCCCUCACAUAUGUGUAGAGUGUGGCAAAGGUUUUCGCCAUCCCUCGGAGUUGAGAAAGCACAUGCGGACCCACACUGGGGAGAAGCCCUAUCAAUGCCAGUAUUGUGAUUACAAGUCAGCUGAUGCCUCAAACCUGAAAACCCACAUGAAGACCAAGCACAGCAAGGAUCUGCCAUUCAAGUGCGACCACUGCUUCAUGACAUUCACAGAUGCCAAAGAACUGCAAAAACAUGCCACCAUUCAUCAGGGAAACAAAACCCACCAGUGCACACACUGCGAUCACAGGAGUUCCAACUCUAGUGACCUGAAACGCCACAUUAUCUCAGUCCACACCAAGGACUAUCCUCACAAGUGUGAGGUGUGUGACAAGGGUUUCCAUCGGCCCUCAGAGCUCAAGAAACACAUGUCGACUCACAAGGGUAAAAAACUGCACCAAUGUAGGCACUGUGACUUCAAAAUUGCCGAUCCUUUUGUUCUUAGUCGCCAUAUUCUUUCAGUUCACACCAAGGAUCUGCCAUUUAGGUGUAAACGGUGCAAAAAGGGUUUUAGACAGCAGGCUGAGCUCAAAAAGCACAUGAAAACCCACAGUGGCAAGAAGGUUUAUCAGUGUGAGUACUGUGAGUAUAGUACUACUGAUGCCUCUGGCUUUAAACGGCAUGUUAUUUCCAUUCACACAAAGGACUAUCCCCAUCGUUGUGAAUACUGCAAGAAAGGCUUCCGUAGACCAUCAGAAAAGAACCAGCAUAUUUCUCGACAUCAUAAAGAUGCUGUUUUGGUUGAGGGGUUGUCAUGAACUACUUUCAAAUUAGAUAGUGUCUGCUUCUAGUAUGUUCAUUGUAUAUUAAAAGAAUAUUUGUGUCCAGUUAUAGUCAAAGACUUGAAGUUAAGUUCAUUCUGAUCACUGAACUGACUUUUUUUUUCUAUUUGGAUUGUAUGCUAGGUGGGAGAUCUAGUUUAAACUGAAAAUGUUGUACUUCCUUUGACUCAGCUAUCCAUUAAAUGGGAAUUUGUUUGCAACAUUGUAUUAACUCUUCAGAGAUAAAAGCAACAAGCUAGUUGCAACCAAACAGCUACAGUUUUAUGGUCCCCGCCGUUAUUAGUUAAAUAAAUGACCCCAAUCUUCUAUUUUAUGCAAGAAUAAAUUAGCUUCAAAAUAAUUAUAGAUGGAAAGUGGCACUUUUUUUUAUCAUUUUCUCAUUGCUCGGUUUUUAUUGAAGUGCUACAGUUUUUUUUUGCUUACUGCUACCUGGCAGAAAUUCAUAUUUCCUGCAUAUCCUUCUGUAUUUUGAUAACACUUCAUUUGGUGGUUCAGCUACAGUUGUAUUUUUGUCACCCAUGCUUCCUAAGCUGCAAUAUAUUAUAGUAAAUAGUGUGUCUUCAGUCCUUACUUGGAUUGCUAUUUUUAUUACAAAUUCAUGGAUUUUUUUUAGAAAAAAGGGGAAAAAUAUAAAAACAUUGCAAAGAGAAUUUUGAACAUUUUGGCAUUGCCUGCUGUAUUUUACCUGUCUGUAUCUUCAAAUGUGCUUAAUUCCUCUACUGUAUCAAGUGUGGUCUAGCAGUUGCAACAUUGUGGAAGAAUCUUCUUGAUAGCUAAUUUACUGUUUCAGAUAUUGUGUAAGAAAAAGCAUCACUGAUGUUUUACAAGUGUACACAUUUUCCCAAAAUUAUAUUUUGCCAAUAUCUGUAUAAAUCUUGUAUAAAUAAAACAAAUAGCACUAAA